AUGUACUCGGGCUACCUCUACUCAGACCCAAACCUACAAAGCUCCCCGUUCCAGGGCUACGUCCUGCUGCCAGCCGCCCAUCUACAACACGGCCUUUCCUACCCGCCUGAAAGCCCUUACUACCUGCUGAUGCUUCCAGCGAAUUUGCUUCAGACACCCCCUUAUAUCGGUCGCCUGUCCUACUUCCCGUCCCAGCCUCAGCUGCCCCAGGGCCAGCACGCCUACCACCAGCGGAAUAUGCAACUGCUGCUGCUGCCCAUCGUGCCCUACUUGACCCACCCCCACGCAAAGCUGGGCUUGGACCACCUCAAUCUUUCUCGCACGGUGAUCCUCAAAAACCUUAGCGCCGACCUCUCGCUCAACGAGCUCUUGUCCGAGAUCGACCACGGUCCUAUCGAGUACUGUAAGAUGUUUGUGUCGACUCCCCCUGCUCACAUUAAAGACGUGGAGGAGGUCAAGACUUGCUACAUCUCCUUCGUCAACACCAAGGUCUCCGUGGCUUUCUUCCACAAGUACACGAAAAGCACCCAAAACUUGCGCUCUCUCAAGGAACGUCUCAAGGGUUCCAAGUACAUGAAGCUUCUGCUCAACGAACCUUGCUCUUCCAUGUCCCUCAACGCGCAGCCCCCGGUGGGUCUGAACAAUCUUUCCAAGCAGGAUUUCAUCAAGCUUAAGACACUCAACUACAUUUUGGAGUACAACGCUACACGAUGCAUCACCAUUAAGUUCGAAACUGCGUCGCCUGAUCUUUUCGUUCCUACCAAAGAGAAGUUCCGCGCCCAGUGCGCUAAGUUUGGCGUUAUUGAAGAUUUCAAGUCUUCCACAAGCGAACCAAAUCUUACCGUCAAGCUUCUUGUCCACUUCACGUCUAUUGAUGCUGCUAUCAAGGUCUACGAACAUUACUCUAAGCAGGUCCGCCGUGACCAUGCUCGCCAACUUGAUCUUGGCGGUUCCGAAAAGAUGGCCACAAAAACUACAACCAUCGCCUCACUCGCUGACGUCUCAUUUCCCCAGGCCCCAACAAAUGGCUCACAAGCGUCUUUGUCGUCCUCUCCUAAGGUCGGUAAGCGUCCCCUCAAUAGCAUGAUCCAAAACAUUCCCGAGCAUGAAGAGUCGCCCGCAGAGGGAUUCACCGAUAUCGAUAACCCAGCUGUUGUGAGUCCUCUAUCAAGCCCUCAGCACUCAUCGGAUAACAUGGUCCCUGUCUUGACAACUGAGACUGAGCUCAGCAAGGAUGAACCCAAUUUGGGCUCUGUUGUUGAGGGGGUAAUUGUCGGUAAAGAUGACAGUGCCUCAUUGGAAAGUCAGGAGUACCUCUACUGCCUAGUCACCUCAACGGGAAACAUCACUAUCCGUAUGCUCCUAACAUUUCCGAUACGCUGA